AUGACGGGACGCUCAAGCCGUGGUGUGUUUGGGAAGCUGUUCUCAAAGAAGCAGUAUCCGAAAGAUGAAAGAGUAACGGAGAUUGGUAUGCCUACCAAUGUUAAGCAACAUAUACAUGUCAGUAUGAACUCUGAAACUGGCAUGUUAGAGGGAUUACCUUCAUCAUGGCUGCGACAGCUGAACGCACAAAUAUCGCCUUCAGAACAGAAAGAAAAUCCGAACGCAGCGAUACAAGCUGUUGCUUUUCACAAUUUUCACGUUUUGAAAAAGGAACAGGCAGAAAACGAACCAUGCAAGCCCAUCGUGACCGAAGAAGCAAUUACAAAAGAAGGAUUGGAGAUGAAAAAGUUUUUAGCAAAGAAAAAUGCUCACCAAAGUCAAGAUUCAGAUAUUUCAAUAGGUCAAAGUAGUGAAGAAGAUGUUGCUCCUACAGACACAUUUUCACAGAGACAAACUAUGCCAGCAUCACCAAUAAAAAAUAGUCUAAAGAAAAAAGAUGCAAUGAUGGACUUGACAGCAAUAGUUGAAGACUUUUCAGGUCUUGGAACUGAACCUGAAGAGAGCCCAAUUUUGAGAAAAAAAGAACUGAUGAAUGCAACAUUAAGUGAUGAAGAAAUAUAUGAAGAAUUGAAGAGGAUUUGUAAUAAAGAUGAUCCAUAUGUUCGUUUUGAGAGAAUUAAACAACUUGGUGCAGGAGCUUCAGGUGUCGUGUUCAUCGCAAUAGACAACACAGACAACUCUAGAGUCGCUAUAAAGGAUAUAGACUUAACUAAACAAACCAAAAAGGAUCUCAUACUCAAUGAAAUAAAUGUUUUAAAGGGGUUUAAUCAUAAAAAUCUUGUCAAUUUCCUCGAUUCAUUCCUAUGUUUUGAUCACCUCUGGGUUGCAAUGGAGUUAUUAGAUGGAGGCUCAUUAACAGAUGUAGUUACAGAAGUAGUCAUGAAAGAAGGCCAAAUUGCUGCCGUAUGCCGUGAAACUUUACAGGCAAUCGCCUUUUUACACUCUAAAGGCACUAUCCAUAGAGAUAUCAAAUCUGAUAACGUUCUUCUUGGAAUGGACGGCACAGUAAAAGUAACUGAUUUCGGAUUUUGCGCGAACAUUGUAGGAGAUGAGAAACGGCAAACGAUGGUCGGUACGCCGUAUUGGAUGGCACCUGAAGUCGUAACAAGAAAGCAAUAUGGCAAAAAAGUAGAUGUGUGGUCGUUGGGAAUUAUGGCUAUUGAGAUGAUUGAAGGUGAGCCACCAUACAUGAAAGAAACUCCCUUGAAAGCGUUAUAUCUUAUCGCAGCUGUAGGCCGGCCUAAAGUACCUAGAUGGGAAAAAUUAUCACCAGAAUUUCAAGAUUUCCUCGACAAGUGCUUGCAAGUCGACGCAGAUCAGCGAGCUACCGCAGAUGAAUUAUUGAAACAUCCAUUUUUAAACUGCGCCAUGGAAUUGAGAACAUUGACGCCUCUUAUCAAAGCAGCGCACCGGAUUCUGCACAAAAACUUCGAU